AUGUUCAACAAGAUGACCUCUUCUCAGCAGCAGCAGAUGAUGCGAGGUCCUAGGUGGAACCGGGCCUUGUCUGACCCUUUAUUUGUGCUGCUCCUGGCCCUCCAGCUGCUGGUUGUGGCAGGACUGGUGCGUGCUCAGACAUGUCCCUCUGUCUGCUCCUGUAGCAACCAGUUCAGCAAAGUCAUUUGUACCCGAAGAGGCCUGCGAGAUGUCCCUGAUGGCAUCUCUACCAACACACGCUACCUGAACCUGCAAGAAAACUUUAUUCAGGUCAUCAAGGUGGACAGCUUCAAGCACCUAAGACAUUUGGAGAUCCUGCAGCUAAGCAAAAACCACAUACGGAAAAUUGAGCUUGGGGCCUUCAAUGGACUGGCCAGCCUCAACACUUUGGAGCUUUUUGAUAACCGCCUCACCACCAUACCAAAUGGGGCAUUUGAGUAUCUAUCGAAACUAAAGGAGCUUUGGCUUAGAAAUAACCCAAUAGAGAGCAUUCCCUCCUAUGCUUUCAACAGAGUUCCUUCAUUACGAAGGUUGGACCUUGGAGAGCUCAAACGGCUCUCCUAUAUUUCAGAGGGAGCCUUUGAGGGGCUCAGCAAUCUACGUUACCUAAAUUUGGGAAUGUGCAAUCUGAAGGAAAUUCCCAAUCUUAUUCCUUUGGUAAAACUAGAUGAACUUGAGAUGUCUGGAAAUCAGCUAACUGUUAUCCGACCUGGUUCAUUUAAAGGGCUUAUCCACCUGCAAAAGCUUUGGAUGAUGCAUGCUCAGAUCCAGACCAUAGAAAGAAACUCCUUUGAUGACCUGCAAUCUCUUGUGGAGCUUAAUCUAGCCCACAAUAAUCUUACCCUUUUGCCCCAUGAUCUCUUCACUCCUUUACAUCACUUGGAGAGAGUGCACUUGCACCACAACCCAUGGAAUUGCAACUGUGACAUCCUCUGGCUGAGCUGGUGGCUUAAGGAGAUGGUACCAGCAAACACCAGCUGCUGCGCCCGCUGUAGCUCACCUACCCAACAUAAGGGACGAUAUAUCGGCGAGCUGGAUCAGAAUUACUUUCACUGUUAUGCUCCUGUUAUUGUGGAGCCUCCCGCAGAUCUGAACGUUACAGAGGGAAGUGCUGCAGAGUUGAAAUGUAGAGCCAGUUCGCUGACAUCAGUAAGCUGGAUUACGCCCAAUGGUUCCAUUAUGACACACGGUGCAUACAAGGUCAGGAUCUCUGUGCUGAACGAUGGUACGCUAAACUUCACUAAUGUAACCAUGCAGGACACAGGAACAUAUACAUGUAUGGUCAGCAAUUCUGCAGGUAACACAACAGCAUCCGCCACACUCAAUGUGUCUUCUACAGAGAAUAGUAGCUUCAGCUACUUCACCACCGUGACAGUGGAGACGAUAGAGACACCGCAUAAUGAAGGCUUCAGUACUAUUGUUCAACAGAAGGUGGGUCCAACACCCUCUGCCGGUACAUGGGAGUCUCUGUCACCCACCUCUACAACAACCACAACAAUCAGAACUCCGGUCCCGACCCACACCACUGAGAAGACCUAUACCAUCCCCGUCACGGAGGGUUCCCUGAACGGAUUGGAUGAGGUAAUGAAGACGACCAAGAUUAUCAUCGGCUGCUUUGUUGCAAUCACGCUCAUGGCAGCUGUCAUGCUGAUCAUUUUCUACAAGAUGCGCAAACAACACCACCAGCAGAACCACCAUGCACCCACACGUACCAUUGAGAUUAUCAAUGUGGAUGAGGACUGUGUCACAGGGGGUCCAGGCAUGGAGGGCCACCUGACCCUGCCGCCUAUUGAGCAUGAGCACCUCAACCACUACAACACCUACAAAACUGCGUAUAACCAUGCCUCCACCAUCAAUUCCAUACACAGCUCAGCACACGAACCUUUGUUAGUCCGGGCAAGCUCAAAAGACAAUGUACAAGAGACCCAAAUCUAG